AUGGACAUGGUGGCUGUCAGGAGAUUGGAACUCUACCCAAAUGGGAAAAAGAAUAGCAACGGGUACGGUCACAUCUCUCUAUACUUGGCAAUAGCAGAUACUGAUAAUCUUCCACUUGGGUGGGAGGUUAACGCGAACAUAAUAUUCUUUGUGUUUGAUCAAAUUCGAGACAAGUACCAUAGUAUUCAAGAUGCAAAUGGGAAAGUAGUAAAACGCUUUCAUAAAUUGAAGACUGAAUGGGGAAUCGACCAAUUGCUUUCCCAUGAUACUCUCAAUAAUUCAUUAAAUGGAUAUCUUGUUGAUGACACUUGUGUCCUUGGGGUGGAAGUUUAUGUUAUUAAAGGUCCUUUUAAAGGAGAGUGUCUGGCGAUGAUAAAUGAACCUCAAAGUGAUUAUUUCACUUGGAAGAUUGACAAGUUUAUGGCCUCGAAAGACAAAGUUUAUUACUCUGAGCAAUUCACUGUUGAAGGGACAAAAUGGUAUGAUUGGCAUUUUGCUAACUCAGCUUCUAUAUCAGUCUCAAUUACAGAAAGUCUUCCUCCUAAUAGAAAAAUGUACAUAAAAUACAAGCUGCGAAUGAGAGACCAAAUCAAUAGCAAUCAUCUCGAAAAGACAGAUGCAAAUGGGAGAGUAGUAAGACGCUUUCAUAAAUUGAAGACUGAAUGGGGAAUCGACCAAUUGCUUUUCCAUGAUACUUUCAAUGAUUUAUCAAAUGGAUAUCUCGUUGAUGACAUUUGUGUCUUUGGGGUCGAAAUUGACAACUAUACGGCCUUGAAAGAUAAAGCUUAUUUGUCUGAGCAAUUCACUGUCAGAGGGAGAAAAUGGAAGUUGAGUCUUGAGCCGGAGGAAGGAGGAACCGGAGUCGGCACAUACAUAUCUCUCUAUCUGAAAUUAGAUGAUUCAGAAAGUCUUCCUCGCAAAAGAAAAUUGUACGCAAAAUGCAAUCUGCGAAUAAGGAACCAAAUCCUUGGUAAUCACCAUGAAUGGACAGCUGAUUACUGGUUCCCUAAAUCCGGCACUGGUUAUGGUUUCCGCAAGUUUUUGGCGGUGGGAGAUCUCAAGGACACAUCAAAGGGCUAUUUGUUGGAUGAUGCUUUGUUCAUUGAAUGCAAAAUUGAUGUUAUAUAUAUCCAUUCUCAAGAUGAGAUGGAUGCUUCGCCUAGCCUUGUUGUUGCCAGCAUAGAUCUCAACCAUGCAAAUCUUCAAGGCACUCCCGGCAAGGAGCUCUCUUUCCUCACCGAUAUGUCUCUGUUUCACCUAAACAGCAAUAGCCAACAGGUUUUCAGGCUGGACCACACCCAUACUUCUUUUCACAUUCUCUGGGAUUGUCCUUCAUCCCAAGAUGUCUGGAGUGUAAGUGGCAGGAAGCUCCAAAAAAGGGGGACAGGAGGUGAAAGCUUCAAGGAAGUGGUGGAGAGUAUGGCUGAGCUCCUGCAAAAAGAAGACUUGGAGCUAUUCGCAAUGACUGCUAAGGGGAUCUAG